CAUACCGCGUAUAUUUUUCGAGACGCAGAAGAAACGGAGCUCUUAUCUCCGCGAAAAAUGGAUUAUUCCAAUAUAUUUUGUAAUCUUAUUAGAAUCUAGUUUGUGUAUUGGAAUUUAAUAAUCGUAGUAUUUACUGUAUCUGGCGCUCAAGGCGUAUGCUCGCCUUAGACUUGGCUUGCCCAUGCAGUUGGCAAAAUGGUUUAUUAUCUUGCGUUGUUAACAUCCGUGUCUUCCGUCGUCGCCAAAAUGUUCGUUGCGCCAGUUAUCGACUUCGCAAUCUUCAUCUCCUAAAACACGCGUCAAUCAUUUAGUGCGUAAGUUUUUAGACCAAUACAAAUUUGUUAGCAUCGGGAAAAACAAUAACAAACAAAUAACGUUAAAAAGUCAAAGUGCGUCCAGAAGUAACGAAGAGUGGUUGCUGCUGGCUGGUGGCUCGCGGGUUAGUGUUUUGAGAGCCAGCCCACCAGCUACCAUGUCCGAGAAGCAUGGCCAAAUUAGUGGAGCGCAGUGGACGGCGAAAUCGGCAGCAGCAGCGGCGGCAACGGCAGCUUCAGCAGGGGGCACAACUGCAUCGCUGCAGAAGCACCAGCCAACCAAUCCCAAUUCCAAUUCAAUAUACGAAGCAACAGUUGCCACAAGCCCAUAUGGUAUAUGUGGUGUCACUGUUCCAGUGCCGGACAUUCCGACCUAUACCUCUGGACGGUUCCAGGCUCCAUCCAUUCAUUUGCAAGCGGCUAAGUCAUCGCCACUAACCAUUGCACCGAUUGUGCCACCAUCUCUGGCACUCGCCCAGUCCCAGGUGUCACCCACACCUACAAAUGUACCUGUUCCCAGCGGGGGCUUCGUGCCGCCUGCAUUUCCAAGUGUGAAUGCGCCAGGACAAGCCGUCAGUAAUACCACAUCUGUGCUGACGCCCAAUCCCUUUGCAGCGGCCGCUGGCAAUGCUGGUCUUGCGUUUGUCAAUGCCUUUAACAGCGCUCAGCAGUUGGAGUUGGGCAAGAUUAUGCAUGCAAUGAAUGCUUCUUCGGCAUCAGGAACGCAUGCAGCUGCAGCUAUUCCAAAGCAUCCACAACCUCCACAACACCAUCCUCACACACAUCCCGGUGAAAGUGGCUCAGUAACUACGCCACCGGCUGCUCCCAGUGGCGCCAUCAAUUCCACAAUUGCGGAAAAUGUAAUGAAUUCCCUAACCAGCGACGACGAACGCAUGCGACGCGUCCAACAGGUCAUCGAAGCUAGCUUGGAUCAUACUGCAAAAGUACAGAUCGCUCAAAUUCUGGAAAGUGUGGCAGCGCUGAAGCCUAUUGAAAAAUUGUUCUUAUAUCUGCGCCUGCCCGGCGAAAGUGCCGAUACGGACCCACUGAGACAGCCGCAGAACCCAUUGGGCACCCGAUCCGAAAUUAAUCACACCAUUAAUUGGGUACGCUCACAUCUUGAACAUGAUGCUCAGGUCUCCAUUCCAAAACAGGACGUUUACAAUGAUUACAUAGCCUAUUGUGAACGCCUGAGCAUCAAGCCGCUGUCAACUGCGGACUUUGGUAAGGUCAUGAAGCAGGUGUUCCCUGGCGUUCGACCACGACGUCUAGGCACGCGUGGCAAUUCACGCUACUGCUAUGCAGCUAUGCGGAAGACCACGAAACUGCCGCCGCCACUGCUGCCGCAGCUGUGCAAAGAUGAGCCACUCGAUGACGCUCACACAACGGAGACCUCUCCCGCACAGAUGAUGCAAACACCGAAUGUCGCUGCGGAGACACAUGGCUCCAAAACAGAUAACGAGUGCAACUGGGAUGUGGUGCGCAGCUGGGCAGAAAAGCUUCUUAACACCAAGCUAGAAAGCGUUACCGAAUUGGCCGCGCGAAUCAAGAACAACAAUGCCACAAUUAAUGCGGCAUUGGCACCCAAAAAGUACACGCCCAGAGAGCCCAAAGAGAAGCGAUCGCUUGCAGACAUGGGACCGCUAAAGAAACGACGUAAAAAGAAACGCAAAGGCUCAACAUCGUCGGAGUCGAGUUGCAAUCAACUGAGCGGCGCUCAAGAUGCAGGAAGUAGCCAGGAAGCAGUCAUCGAAGAACACAAAACAGAGCAGUUGCUAAAGAUCAAGCAGGAGAUUAUAGACUCACCCAGUGGUUUUGUGACUUCCCAGCCGCUUCAGCAGCCGCCGCAACAGCAGCAGCAGCAGGUUUUGCCGAUGAAUUUGGCCACAGAGCCGCGCAGUAAUGCAGUCCGAAAUCUAACUCCUAAGCUAUUGGAGCUGCAAACUGCUGGAACAGUACCGCAGCCAUUAUCGCCCAGUGCACUGGUCAUAAAGGACGAGGCAGAGGAAUAUAACACCACCAAUAUAUUUUGCAAAAAAGUGCUAAAAGCACAGCAGACCAAAGGCUUUUGGGCCAACUCGCCCAGCAGUGCCAGUGCAACUGGCACCGGGACCGGCACCGGGACCGGCACCGGCACUUUACUUGUGCCUCCAGUAAUAACGACAACAGCCGCGACUCCGCCGCCUCUCGCACAGCCAACAGUUGAAAGCGCACCCGCUAAUGUAGCGGUGCUCUCAAUGGGUCCACCAGCGCAAAUGAAUCAUCCCAGCUCCAUCAGCCCGUCAAGCAGUCUUGAGACGAACACUACCGUACCGAAGGUUGCGUCGCGGAAUAUGAUGUCGCUGCGGGCCAAACGCUUGAUUGCUGAGAAUGCAGCAGCUCUAGCCGCCGCCACAGAGGAUACUGGAUUGGCUGAGAACCUCGGAUUGCCACGUGAGCGCGUAAUUAGCAUAUGCAAUAUGGACAAGCAUGAGCUAGACGACUACUUUCUGCCCGGCGAGGAUGAGGAAGAGAACUCUGAAGGGCCAGAUACUGAGCUGCUUCAAUAUUUUCAGAUGGGAGACGCUGAGGAAAAACAACUGAAUUCCUUAGAUGCUCAAGCAGAACAAAACAGAAAUCCACAGGCUGCCUUAGCCACUGCAGUAACCAAUGCAAUGGCAACAGCAACAGCCAGAUUGGCAACGGCAACAGCGACAACAACAUCGCAGAUGCGUCGAUCAACGCCCUUGCCAACGACAGCAGCAACAACAGCGGCAGCAGCAAAUGUUGUGGGUUCUGCCUCAGCGUCUCUGGCACUAAUGUCACGAAAGCAUCAACAACAACACCAGCAGCAGCAACAACAACAGCAACAGCUGCAAACGAUCAGCAACAACAACAACAACAGUAAUAAACGCAAAAUUAGUCUAAGCAACGCGUCCAGCAACGGCAACAACAAGAACUGCAUUUUUUUGCCCAUUUCACCAAACAUCAAUAGCAGCGGUAACAGCAACAGCAACAGCAAAGUUCCAGCAGCUGCUGCACCAACUCCAGCUCUGGCAGCAACACCUUCAGCUGCAACAGGAACAGCAACAGCCGCAGUUGCAGCAACUGGUAAAUCGACCACGCAGAACUGCUUUGCCAGUCCGGGCCUAUCGUGCAUGCGUCAGCGUUCCAGUCUGUUGACCAAACAGCAAUCGCUUGACUUUGACAAUAACAACGGCAAUGGGGAUCCCAUGAUUGGUGCGCAUAGACGUAGACGCAGCUACGUUUACAGCUAUCCCAGCACUUCUGCCUCGGCGCCGCCCAGUCCCUCGCUGCUGCAGCAGUGCAUGGGCGUCAAUUGGUCGUUUAUGGGCGGCACUGGCAGCAGCAACAGCAACCAGUUCAACGAGAAUAACGUCAGCGACAACAACAGCAAUGUGGAACUGCUGGUUAACCAAAAUUCGAUGGAUUUGGAAACAAGUCUGGCGCUAAGCGGCGCAAAUAUGGAGCUAAACGAAACGCAACGCUCGCAAUCAGUGCCGUUGUCUCAGCUGCAACGCAGCAGUAACCACUCUCCCACGGCGGGCUACAACCGCUUGCUGAACCAGGCCGUCACCACUGGCGUAGUGAAAGAUGCGCUCUUCUCGGAAAACAGCAACAGUCAGCAGUCGGUCGGCACAUUGAAGCUAGGCGGCGGGGAUGUGGAUGUGUCGGCAGGUCUGCUCUACGAUGAUGUGGAUGUCGGUGCGCUUAUUUCACCAAGCUUCAAUAACAAGUUUAGCGGCAUACAGACAACAACCACAUGCAGCUCCUCGGCUGGCUCCUCGAGCGGCUACAGCAGUGCCGGCAGUGCGGGCGGAAUUGUGUCCCGUUCUGUACCCUCCACCCCGCUGCCGCAUCAGCAGUCGCAGCUGCAGAGCUGCAGUAGUGGCCUGAGCACUGCCAAUGGAAACGCCAAUACGGCCAGUGGCUUCUUCAACAUCUCACCAGCCUUCAAUUGGGGCGCCAGCAAUGUGGGAUAUGGCGGUCAAUCAUAUACUGCACGCAAUGCCUUGGAUAUUUCCAAAUCAAUGCCAACAACGCCCAUAACGACGCCCUGUUUCCGCUAUAGCCCAGUCGAGCUGCAUCGCGACUUCUUGAUCAACGGCAACACAAUUGACAGUCUGUCGUCGCCAGCUGUGACAGCUUUUAAUAGCGCCACAGAUGUCGUCUUGGCGCUUAGCCCCGAUACGCUGAUUGAUGACGGUGCGCCCAAUAACAGCGAUGUUGAGGCCAUAAUUGGCGCCGUCGAUAUACUCGACAGCUUGUAGAAUUUGCCCGAAGAGAAAGCUCAAACGCAGACGGAGAUUGCGAGCGAGACACAGCCAGAGGAGCUGGUUAUGGCCUGUUUGCUGCAGCAUGUGGAUAAGCUAUAAGUGUCUCUCACUCACUCUCCCGAAUUUUCUCUGGCACCAGAAAUUUCGAAUCACAAUUCGGAUAGAGGAACAUAACAUAGUCUGUAUUGUGCUUAACGUAUUUCUGUUAUGUUUAUCUUAAGUAAUUGUUGUAUCAUAUUUAAUGUGCCCUAACAUGAGCUUUCUCUUCGCAAUUCGCUAGCGGACGACCACAGAAACACAAAGAAAUUUAUUAAGCUAAGCUCCAAUUGGUUUCACGUUUAUCCAAUAAGCAAUUUGUGUAAAUUGGAAUGUCGAUGUAUUUGUUUUUGUAUGUCAUUGGAACCCUCCUGAACCAAGUAUCCCUCAGGCCGUUGUUAUCUGUAUGUGCGUGCAUAUACACUUGUUUGUUUGUGUAUGUAGUAUCUAUAAUAAUAUAUGCCUCUGCUGUAAAUCUGGCAUAUUAUUGUUAUAAAGUGGAACUCAGCUGAUAAAGGUUGACAAUUUUCCACAGUUGAAUACUUUAUUUUUAGAUGAUCCAAUGACCCUUGAUUUAGAGACAAAACUGUAAACAUAAACGAUUAAGGAUACAAAAGUACUAGAGUAGAGAACCUUACAAAUGAAACGAACUUAAAGUCUGAAUGAAUUCGACGUGGAGCGGUUUUAAA